AUCGCGGGAAUUCCGCAUCGUAUGUUGUAUUUGGAUUUGGGUCUACUCUAGUCUUUAGAUUAAAGUUUUGAGAAUUGAUAUUAAUUGGGCAUAUUUUUACUGUUCUAAUUUAAUUAACUGUCCAAAAUGGUGAGAACUAAAGCAGACGGAUGCUCAUCUGGUCGAAAAGCAUUGGGUGCUCAGGCUCCAAGAAAAAGCUUUAGUGGAGCAUCAUCAAGCACUGGCAGUUCUGAUGGGGGAUCCCCUGCAGGUAAAGGUAAAUAUGCUGGAGGUAACCCAGUAUGUCCACGGCCUACUCCUGACUGGCAAAAAGGGAUUUCUACAUUUUUCACAAAACCGUCAGGCUCAAGUCCAUCAAAGUCACAAUCAUCACAGGACAGUAAAAGCUCAUCUAGUUCUUCAGAAGACUAGACAGCACUAAGUUGCUCCAUGGUGAUUGCGAAUUUUAAAUCAAGCUUGUAUUCAAUUGUUGCGUUGAUAAAGACAUUCCAGUGAUUAAGCUACAUUCUUAGAGGAGGAAAAUUAGGAAUAUUCUGGUCUCCAUGCAACACAAAGCUUGGUGGUGUUUUAUUUUUUAAGACAAAACAAUUCUAUGUGUUAAUAAGUUGGUGUUUUAAAAUGGAACUUUUUUCUUCUGAUGAAAAUUAGUUUUGUUAUCUAACAGUACAGCUUUUCAAUGUAGGCAGCAUGCAUUACACUAUGUACAUAGUUACUUUUAUAAAACAAUUUACUUCUGUGUAUAUAUUUCAUACAUUUAUCAUUCACAUUUUCCAUGCAAUCUCAACCAUGAAGUUAAAAUUUUUGCCACAUUAGUUAAUUAGUCUGUGAUUUGUCAUCUUAUUUAGUAUUGAGUUAAUUUCUCUUUUGGUUGCUUCUUUAUAGACCAGCUAUAGAUGGCAAGGUCAGAAAUGCUCACCAAAAUAAAAUUUAAAUUUUUUACUGCUUAAGCUGGCUUUCGCUGCAGCCCAUCUUAAUACACAGAUAGUUAAGUGAUCAGGUGCUACCUUUGAUGCUUUGUUCUUAUAAUUUUUCUAUGUAUUAAAUAG